AUUAAUUAGAACUUUUUUUCGCUUGUUCGGUUUAAAUUUGAAUUUUGUGUUUUGAUUUGAUUCUUUCAUCGUUUUGUCUUGAUAAAUUAGGUCUUUGCUUUGUUUUUAGGUUCGUAAGUGUGUACAGGUUCAUAAUAAUAACAAAAUGCCUAGAACUAAAAGACCUGUUAGUAAAAAGGAAAAGUCCAUUGAAGAAGAUGAUGCACUGAAGAAGCUGGACCGACUUGCACAAGAAAAGAAGAAUAAGAUCAAAUUAUUAGCUCAAAUGCAAUGUCGGGACAUUGAGUUGGCAUUUAAAAUACUCAUGGGAUCUCUCAGUCCCGAUAUACUACAGAAAACUAUUGGAGAACUGAAAUCUGAAUUGUUACUCAAAGAAGUGUCAGCCACUAACCGGAGGACGAGACACUCCAGCCGGGCCGCCUCCCAUGAUGAUGGCUACCUCACGGAGAACUCCUCGCAGGGCUCCGGCGGACGCGGCAAGAGGACCAUGCUGGCCCCCCCUACAGCCGGCAAAAAAACCGUCCGCCGCUCCCGCUCGGCCUCAACCGCCCGGCCUCCCGCCACCGCCUGCAAGACCAGCCAGCGGCGCCGCUCCAAGAGUGUUUAUAGAACCCCGGCCUACAACAAGAAUGCGGCUGUUAACUACCCGCCUAUUACGCCCAAGGUGGCGCCGCACACGCCGCUGAUGCUGCUGCGGCAGCCGCGCCAGGGGGAGAUGGUGGUGUCCAUGUCCGGCUCGCCCGUCAUGAUGCCCACGUGCAACAACAUACCGUCAGAAGAGAAAGCCCACUGCAACAUAAUGCUCCAAGACGGGACGAUGCUGUCCCUCCAGCCCAAAGAACUUCGACAGUCGCAGGCCUACAUCCCUUUCGCGCUCAUGGACGCUAAUGUACUGAAGCAGCUGAACACUCUGAAGAAUAACCUGGACAAAGUGGUGAAGAUGGGCAAGAAGGAGGGGUUUAAUAUUGAGUGAUGCGGGACAGAGAUGGAGAGUAGCUGUCAGUUUUACGGCUGUUUUUAACAACAUGCGGAUUGCACACCAUUUUCCCGCG